AAAGAAAAAAGUUGAGUUUGGAUUUGCUUUUAAUUUGAUUUCUAAAUUCGUCUCACUACGAUCCAGCUGUUAAUCACGAAGAGUCACCAACCAAACAUACAACCCACAACAACAAAAAGAAAAAAAGAAAAAAAAAAAAAAAAACACAACCAGGAAGUCUCUUCUUCCUCUGCACCUUGAGUCUUCCUCUGAAGAAGAAAAAAGGCUCGAAAACAGGAUCGGCAAAUAAGUUAAUCAAAUUACAAGAGCUCAACUAGUAUUAACUUGUCAAAAAUUAGGUACACUUUUUACACUGGAAACAAUGAAAUAAAAAAAUACGUCAUGAGGUAGCUGACUAUUCCGGUAACACCCCGUCUUUCUUUCUUUCUUUCUUUCUUUUUUUAUCCCUUUCAAAAUUUACAGAAAUCUGCUAUGAAGUUUGAAGUCCUGUUGAAUUCAGUCCUACCAUCAGGGUUGAAUCCUAGGUGGGAGUGUCGGAUAAGACAUGAGUGCAAAUAUGUGCAGUUUUAUGGUUGUGAAAUAAACAAGUUCUUGCAUCUAUUACAAGUUUUCUGUCUGUCACACUUCUUUACUUGCAGUUUUCUCACUUCACAGAAGAACUUUGGACAAUGGGACCUGAUGGACCAGGAGGACCAGGGCGUGGCUGGGGUCGUGGACCUGUGGUACCGGGUUUUUUCCUGGUCCAGGUGGGUUCAUUGGUGGGUGUUUCAAUUGAAUACGCUUGGUGAUUUCUUCUUGCUUAUCUUAUCUCUGCCGCUGUUGGUUGCUACAAGACUGUUUUGGCGGGCCUCGACCUUUUCGCACUCCUCCCUUCCAAUGGAAAUUCAGAUACACUUCCUGCAUUUACAGCUGUGUAAUAAAUCUGUAUACUUCAAUCAACAAAAGAAUUUGACUCGUGUUCUGAUAUCCAUAUUGCAUUGUAUGGCUAGCUUUUGUCAUUUCUGCAUUUUAGACUCAUUCUCAAUCCAUUCCAUACGCGAGACAAGAAAUGAAUAACUGAGAAAAUCAUUA